UGCCAGGGAGGAGGCGCCGCACCCUGCUUGGGCUCCUGUGGCCGCCUCAGACCCGCGUGCCACUCGGGGACACCGUGCAGGCAGGGCGGACCCCGCAGGGAGCGCGGAGCGCUCGGAGGGACGGUCCUCAAGGCUUUCCAAGUGUCCGCAGCGAUGCCAGACCUGUGGAGAGCAAUCGCUGGGGAGACCCUUCUGGGCUACGUCUCUUGGUCUCUCUACCAUGGGCUGGGGCCCAUGAUCUAUUACUUUCCCCUGCAAACGCUGGAGCUCACCGGGCUGGAAUUGUUUGGUGUCGUGUUUCUCUCCCCGAUACUCUUAAUAAUCCCUCCAAUCUGGAGACUCGUUAAUAAGAAGUGGACACUCUCUCUGCUGAGGAUCGUCACUGUCGGCAGCAUAGCCUCCUUUGAGGCUCCGAAUGCCAAGCUUCGAUUGGUGGUCCUUGCUCUUGGCGUGUCUUCUUCGCUGAUAGUGCAAGCUGUGAGCUGGUGGACAGGAAGUGGAUUGCAAAGGUACCUCAGACUCUGGGGAUUCAUUCUGGGACACAUGCUUCUUGUUGUCCUCCGGAUAUGGUACACAUCACUGAACCCGAUUUGGAGUUAUCCAAUGUCCAACAGAGUGAUCCUGACAUUGAGCGUCAUAGCUAUGUUUGACUGCAUUGGCACAGAUGGUUACUACAGUACCUCUGAGGGGAAGAAGCCCAGCGAAGUCACCAAGGGCGUGGCUUCUCGAAAUAGCUGGCUGUUGCCAGGUGCUGCCUUUGGGAGCCUCAUGUUCCUCACUCACUGGAUCUUUGGAGAGGUCUCUAUUGUUUCCAGAUGGGCAGUGAGUGGUCAUCCUCAUCCAGGGCCCGAUCCUAACCCAUUCGGAGGUGUGGUUCUGCUGGGCUUGGCUAGUGGAUUGAUGCUUUCAGGUUCAUCAAGGCUUUGUGACGCUGGGCUAGCCUGGUGGGCAACAGGAGCAGCUUCAGCCAUGGGUCUCCUUUACCUGCAUACGUGGGCAGCAGCUGUUUCUGGAUGUGUACUGGCCGUCUUCACGGGGUCUGUGUGGCCUCAAGUACUUGGACACCUUGUGAACUCUGGGACAAACCCUGGGGAAACCAUGACCACAGGCAUGAUCACUUAUCUUUUAGAAAUAUUUUUCUGUGCCUGGUGCACAGCUUUCAAGUUUGUUCCUGGAGGUGUCUACGCUAGAGAAAGAUCGGAUGUGCUUUUGGGAGCCAUAAUGGUAAUUAUUGGAUUAAAUAUGCUGUUUGGACCUAAGAAAAACCUUGACUUUCUUCUUCAAACAAAAAAUAGUUCUAAAGUACUUUUGAGAAGGAGUGAAAAAUACAUGAAACUUAUUUUGUGGCUGCUUGUUGGUGUGGGGUUGUUAGGAUUAGGACUACGGCACAAAACCUAUGAGAGAAAACUAGGCCAAGGGGCACCAGCAAAUGUGGUCUCCGCUGCCAUCUGGCCUUUUCGGUUCGGCUAUGACAACGAGGGAUGGUCGAAUCUAGAGAGGUCCGCUCAGCUGCUCACGCAGACGGGUGCGGACUUUAUUACCAUUUUGGAGAGCGAUGCUUCUAAGCCCUUUAUGGGGAACAACGACCUAACCAUGUGGCUGGGGGAGAAGCUGGGCUUCUAUACGGACUUUGGGCCAAGCACCAGAGAUCACACUUGGGGGAUUAUGGCGCUGUCCCGGUACCCAAUUGUGAGAUCGGAGCAUCACCUUCUUCCGUCGCCAGAGGGCGAGAUUGCACCAGCCAUAACUCUGACUGUUAACGUCUCCAACAAACUGGUGGACUUUGUGGUGACGCAUUUUGGGAAUCACGAAGAUGACCUUGACAGGAAACUACAAGCUAUUGCAGUUUCAAAACUACUGAAAAAUUGCUCGAACCAAGUAAUAUUUCUGGGCUACAUCACUUCAGAACCUGGUUCCAGAGAUUACCUGCAGCUCACGGAGCAUGGCAACGUGAAGGAUAUUGACAACUCAGAUCAAGACAGAUGGUGUGAAUACAUCAUGUAUCGUGGCCUGAUCAGGUUGGGUUAUGCAAGAAUCUCUCAUGCAGGACUAAGUGACUCUGAGAUUCAGAUGGCCAAGUUCAGGAUCCCGGAUGAUCCUGCCAAUUACAGAGACAACCAGAGAGUGGUCAUAGACCACAGAGGACUUCCUAAGAGCAUUCAUUUCAACCCCAGAUUUGGCUCCUACAAAGAAGGACACAAUCAUGAAAACAACCAUCGUUUUCACAUGAACACUCCCAAAUACUUCGUCUGAACCCUUUUAGACAAGGAGUCGUCGUUGGCUGGGGCAAGUUUGUAACAGCUCAAAAAGAGUUGAAUGAGAAUGGCAGGAUACACGUGAUGAACCUCAGGAGUUAGAAAGGGUGACAUCAUGCAGCGGGAAUCCCAUCAAUUUAUAAGCCAUGCUGCUUAAUAAACGCAUCUCUCUGAGUUACUUUUAUUAAAAAGAGCUGUGUGAUAAUAUAAGAAAAUUAAGCUCAGGGCUGGAACUGGAGCUCAGUGGUAGAGUGCUUGCUUGCCUGG